UGAAGCCUCCCUAUUAAAAGAAAAAGCCACGACAAAUUCUUUUCCUUAACAUUAGCAAACUGCUUCCUGUGGAAAUAUAGAUUAAUCGGUGUAUUUAGUCGCCGGCGGAGGGUGAUUGAAUGAGAAGUGAUCGGCCGCCAUGAUUGGUGUGAUUGGAGAGGGAUGGCCGCCGUGUAGUAUAGUACCUAAAUGCCGCCUCUGUGGGGACGUCUGACUAUGGAGAGGGCCAGGUGGGCAUUUCCCUGCGGCCGCUGGUGCCCUGGCCGUGCUGAGUGGCUGCUGUGUGCCCGGUGUGUGCAGCCCGAGGAGAAGCAGCGCAUUGGCCAGUUCAUGUUCACCCGCGAUGCCAAGGCUGCUAUGGCUGGUCGUCUUCUGAUCAGAAAGUUAAUAGCAGAAAAGCUCACAAUACCGUGGAACAAGAUAUUGUUGGAAAGGACAGCGAAGGGGAAACCGUUCCUGGCCAAUGACAUUGCUCCUCAGUACCCAAACUUUAAUUUCAAUGUCUCGCACCAAGGGGAUUAUGCUGUUCUUGCUGCCGAGCCGGAGCACCAGGUCGGAGUUGACGUAAUGAAAACAGACCUCCCAGGUAGUGGCUCCACAGAAGAGUUCUUCCGUCUCAUGCAUCGCCAGUUCACAGAGAGAGAGUGGCACUCUAUCAGGAGUAUGGGAAGUGACUGGGCGCAACUAGACAUGUUCUACCGGCACUGGAAAUAUAUCUCGGCAGUCAGUAUGUGUUUGUGGUUCCAGGCUCUAAAGGAAAGCUUUAUUAAAGCCAUAGGGGUCGGCCUUGGUUUUAACCUGCAGCGAAUUGAAUUUGAGGUGUCACCCAUAAACAUGGAAACGGGGAAGGUUUACACGCAGACCAAAAUGUGGCUGGAUGAUGAGAGGGAAAAUUGGUCCUUUGAGGAAAUGCUCCUGGAUAAUCAGCAUCAUGUUGCCGUUGCAUUGGGGAGCGCAGGAACCGACAAAUCACAACAUUCACAGAAUGGAAAGCUGUCCGGGACCUCAUUCACCGUUCUCACCUAUGAGGACCUAAUGGCAUCUGCUGUUCCAAUGACAGCCGAGGAUCCAGAUUACUGGGAUAAAUUCCACUCCAAACAAGAAAUGCCGUGCCGGCAAAGUACCAAGACCGCGCCAAACACUGUGACAUCAUGAUUUUUAGUAGUGUCCCCCCAAUUCUAUGGAAGCGUUUUACAGGGAGCAUUGCUCAGUGGUUAAGAUCGCCGAAUAUAACCAUGGCACUGAGACUUUCUGGAGACUGCAGUCUGAAUCCUGGGGCGGCUGCUCAUGUCAUUCCGCAGUUCUAUUUGUCUCCCUUUGUCCCAGGCAAAAAUAGAUUGCAAGAUGACUGGGCGAGAAGUCUGUACUGGAAAUGUUCUAUGUGUAGCAUACAUGAAUAACUUUCUUGGGUUGUAUUUUUUUUAAACCAUUGAUAAAAGUGUAAUUUUUUAA